AUGCCCUCCCCUCUAGUUCUUCGACGCUACCUCCCUGGUAAGCUGUCCCCUUCCUUGGAAUCUCGACCCUGCAGCAGCCCUUCUAAGUUCCCAGGGAAAGGGGGAAAGCUCUUCCUGGGAGUCACUCCUCCUCGGGCCCCAAGGCUGCCUCCCCGACUGGCCUGGUGCUCCAUUGACUGGGAACAGGUGUGCUUGCUACAAAGGCUGGGAGCUGGAGGGUUUGGCUCCGUGUACAAGGCGACUUACCAUGGUGUUCCUGUGGCUGUAAAGCAAGUGAACAAGUGCACCAAGAACCGACGAGCCUCCCAGCGAAGCUUCUGGGCUGAGCUCAACAUUGCAAGGCUGCACCAUGACAACAUAGUUCAGGUUGUGGCUGCAAGUACCCGGACGCCUGCAGACUCCAAUAGUCUAGGUACUAUAAUCAUGGAGUUUGGGGGCAACAUCACUUUACACCAAGUCAUCUAUGGUGCCACCAGCUACUCUGAGGAAGAGGCUGGGGAGUCCCACUGCUUAGAUGGAGAGCAACUGAGUUUGAGGAAGUGUCUAAAGUAUUCCCUAGAUGUUGUGAAUGGCCUGUGUUUCCUUCACUCUCAGAGCAUUGUGCACUUGGACCUGAAGCCGGCAAACAUUUUGAUCAGUGAGCAGGAUGUCUGUAAAAUUGGUGACUUUGGUUGCUCUGAGAAGCUGGAAGAUCUGCGGGGCUUCCAGGUUCCCCCUUAUCACCUAGGAGGCACGUACACCCACAGAGCCCCAGAGCUCCUGAAAGGAGAGAUGGUAACACCCAAAGCUGACAUCUAUUCUUUUGCUAUCACUCUCUGGCAAAUGACUACCAGGGAGGUGCCUUAUUCUGGGGAGCGGCAGUACGUGCUCUAUGCUGUGGUGGCAUAUAAUCUCCGCCCAUCUCUUGAAGCAGCUGUCUUCAUGGACUCUGUCCCUGGGCAGAGGCUUAAAAGCAUCAUCAAAUGCUGCUGGAGGGCCAGUGCUUUGCAGAGGCCAAAUGCAGAACUCCUCUCCGUGGACCUGAACUCUUUAAAAGCUGAAAUGGGCUGA